AUGUUAAACGUUUAUUUAUUGACACCUAUAAUGAUAUUACUGGAAAUGGAAUGGCCCGAAAAUCAGAUGGAAAGACAGCUGAUGAUUGAGACUUCAUUACAAAAAACGCAAGACCAUAUGCCACUGCCACAUCAUCAAACUGAUAUUCAAAUGUUGCCCCAAGUUCAUAGUGACUCUGAUGACAAUGACCAUCGGUUUGUGCAUACAAAAAAUAUGCUUUACACUAUUGAUGAAGGUGUACCUGAUUUAGAUAACGUUAUAUCAAUCGAUAACGGUGAUCUAACAAAUGAAGUAAGACUUGCAGAAAUCACUCUUAAAACCGCACCACCAUUAAAUUUAGAGCGGGAAAGAAGAAUGGAGGAAUUGUGUUAG